AUGACUUCCGCUACAAGCUAUUGCCCGGAGAAGGAUGUCCAUGCCUAUGUGGAUCUUCCAAUUGCCGGGGGAGGCUUUAUUAAAUUAUUUGUGGAUGCUCGUUCGAGUUUUGCAGCAUUCAGAGGCUUCCGCCAUCCUGUGGACAAUAAAGGACAAGAUUUUGAGGCCUGCCGGACAUUUCUUGCUGUACCGGAGAGUAAUCUUAGAAGCCAAUUUCUUGAAAUUCAAGGGUAUGGUCAUUCUAUUUUGAUUUCAUAUUUUGCUCCCUCAUUGACAGAAGAAUGUGGUUCUCUUCCAAGUAUCCCUCAAGAAAAUUGGUAUUGUAAAUACUGCGAGAACAUGAUCCUGAAGGAACAGUAUGCGGAGCACAAUACUAAUGCCAUUGAUGCCGGGAGAGUUGCCGGAAUCAAUGCUCUCCAACAAAUAACCCAAAGGUGCAUACGUAUUGUUGAAACAACAGAGGCUGAUGCUGGUGGUUGUGCCGUUUGCGGGGGUGAUGAUUUCAUUGCAUCAGAAUUUAAUGAUCGUACAGUUAUUAUCUGUGAUCAGUGCGAAAAGGACUAUCAUGUUGGUUGUCUGAGGGAGCAGAAAAUGGAUGACUUAAAGGAAUUACCAAAAGACAAAUGGUUCUGUUGCACAUCAUGCAGAAGUAUCCACUCUGCUCUCCAGGACUUGGUUAUAGAUAGUGAACAGAUGCUUCCAGAAGCUCUCUUGAACCUUGUGAAGAAGAAACACGAGAAUAAAAGUUCAGAGGUUAAUCCUGUGGUUGAUAUAAGAUGGAGGCUUCUGAGUGGGAAGUUGGCUUCUGAAGAUACCGAUGUGUGGUUUUCUGGGGCAGAAACUAUUUUUCAUGUAUUUCCCCUAGCCGUUUCCUUUUUCUCCUCUGCUUUGAAAUGA